UAUACUUUUCGGCACCCCAUUUCGCAUGUUUGAAAAGCCUCUCGUAGAAGUUGCUGUUUUUUUCAUGGACCGUUUUGUGAUGCUGGUGAGAGUUUUACCCGACUUCUGCGCCUCGACUGGGAAAAACAACACCCACGAAAACACGGUUACUCUUCUCUCUGGCCUUGGGAAACAGUCCUGAUGGGAGUUCGAUGCGUUUAAAAAUAUGGACCUUACUUUUAGACGGCGCCGUUCGUCCAUCAUUCUGUGCAAGUCUACCUUAGCACCAUCCAGUUACACCAUCGGCAAGUCUGAGACGCCUGCCCUGAAUCUUAUUGUGCCCUACUCUAGCUUUUUCAUAACUAUCAGACUCCACAAUGUACUUCUGCGAGACUGCAAGUUUUGUGCGCGUGGUGAAGGGCCUGCUGCCCGCUGAGGCGGAGCUGAAGGCGCCGACCACGGCCUUCCCCUUCCUCAAACUGUUCCGGCGAUACAACACCGGGACGACGAGCUUGCCCCAGCACCUGGCUGACGGCGAUCACGAGGAGGGGCCGACACCUGUCAAAGACAUGUACGGAGAGAACAAACAGCACGAAAUGGAGUAUGAGAAACGAACGGAGCUUCUAGAGCUCCUUCAGCUGGAAGAGACAUACAAUAAUGAUGAUGAUGAGGAGGAGGAGGAGAAGAAGGAGGAGGAGGAGGUGGAGGAGAAGGAGGAGGAGGUGAUGGUGAAGGUGAAGGAGGAGGAGGAGGAGGAGGGGAAGGAGAAGAAGGAGGAGGAGGAGAAGGUGGGAAUGGAUCACAAAGAGCAAGACGAACUGUCUUUGUUCCUCGAGCUGAUGGAAGUAGUGGCGGCACAGGAGGAGGCGCUGAAGAAACCUCCGGACCUCGAGCAAAUCACACAGAGGAAAGGGAAGGAGGAGGGGCAGGAGACGGAGGGAGCAAGCCUCAAGGAACAAGACGAGCUGUCUUUGUUCCUGGAGCUGCAGGAACUAGUGGCGGCACAGGAGGAAGCGCUGAGGCAACCCAAGGACGGGGAGCAAGUCACACAGGAGGAGGAGGAGAAAAAGGAGGGCGUGAGCCCAAGGGAACAAGACGAACUGUCUUUGCUCCACGAACUAGUGGCGGCACAGGAAAGGGCGCUAGAAGAGCUGAAGGGCGCGGAGAACAUCAGGCAGAAGCCCCGCAAGAGAGUGACAUUCUCCCUGGACAACCUGGAUCUCCCCGUCAAGGAGCGGGAGCUGUACGAGGGGCGGGAGUACUUCAGGUGUGGCCGCCGCCUCCUGACGCUGCGCCCAGAGCUACGCCGCGAAGACAACUCCAGCCCUGUGGGCGUUGCCCCGCCCCGCCGCCCCUCCCGCAUCCCAGUGCCCCGGCCCGCCAGGAGGGUCUUGACAGGGAACACAGCACAACCCCCCUGCCACGCCCCUCCCCACACUGCCAUAACACCCAUCGCCCGCCCGGUAGGGUCCUGCCUCCCCAUACCCUGCCGCACCCACGCCCACGCCCCAUCCGCCAACUAAGACUGUCCCCCUAACCCUCACCCAGCCACACGCCCCACCCUCACCCCUCCUUCCCUUAGCUAAGAGGAAAGUGUUUAGCGAACAAGGAGUUUUCUGUGGUGUUUAUCUUUCUAUUAUUUCUACUCAUACUUAUUGAUCUAUUUCAUUCCUAUUACUCAGCUUCCCUCUCUUCCUCAUUUCUCUCGUCUCCAUUCCCCUUAAUCGCGGCACUUCAGCGGACAGUGAGAUCUGGGUCGGAUUUGUCGGCCUUCCUUGGGACAUUCACGCAACGACCUCAUAUCCUCCCUUACGCUUAUGGUUACCGCCGAGGCUUCCACUCGAGUCCCACGUCAAGAUUAGGGCCUCGGGCUGUAUUGCGUCUCUUAAGAAUUACGAAACCCUAGUCUAUUAUUUUUUUCUUCUA